AUGGCUGUGGGCUCUGCAAACCUGCAAUGGAGCUCCUUGGGAUUCGGCGUGCAUCCCACAAGCGGGUACAGCUGCUGCUCUUGGAAAGAUGGCACAUGGAGUGAGGUAAGCUUGAUGAAGGAACCUUAUCUGCAGCUGCAUGUCAAUUCUGUCGCCCUGCACUACGGCCAGACGGUGUGGGAGGGCAUGAAAGCUUUUCACUGCAAAGAUGGUUCUGUGAGAGUGUUCAACGAUGCAGUGAACCAUCAGCGUUUGUCACGCGGAGCCAAGAGGAUGCUGAUUCCGGAACUCUCCCUGGAGAAGUUCCGAGAAGCUGUGGAUCUGUGCGUCCGCAGCAACGUCCCAUUUCUUCCUCCGUACGGCACUGGAGGCGCGCUCUACUUGCGCCCCAUUCUUUUGGGCAGCGGGCCGGCGCUUGGCCUGGCCCCAGCCAAGGAGUACCUUUUCUUGGUGAUUUGCAGCCCGGUGAUGAACUACUUCGCCUCCGCCGGCCCCGAAAUUCUCGAACAAGGUGUCGCUGGCAAGGUUGUGCUGGAAUACGAUCGGUCUGCUGCACGGGGAAUGGGCAGCAUCAAGUGCUCCGGCAACUAUGGGGCAGACCUGUUCCCUUCAGCUGAGCACAAGGCUGAAGGCUUCAUGGUGGGCUUGUACUUGGAUCCCACAGAGCAACGUUACAUCGAGGAAUUCAACGUCACAAACUUUGCCGCCAUAACAAAGGAUGGCAAGUACGUCACGCCCGAGUCUCCCUCGAUUCUGGCUUCGGUCACGAACAAAUGCUUGCAGCAGUUGGCCAAGGACAUCGGCCUUCAAGUGGAGCAGCGGCGAGUGGACUUCUUGCAGGAGGUGAGCACCUUUAAAGAAGUGGCAGCUGUGGGCACCGCUGCAGUCGUGCUGCCAGUGAGGUCAUUGACAAUGCGGGACAAGACUUUCAUGUUCGAGAAGCAUCAGGUGAUGGCCAAGCUGAAGACGCAGCUGGAAGCCAUCCAAGUAGGCUGCAAGCUGAAACGGUGA